CGGUCGGUCCACGCAGGCGUGUAAAGACGCUGCUGAGGCGAAGAAACCGCAGAAAAGAGAGACUGUGAGAAGAAAGGAGACUCCUUUGUCUCACAGCUGCUUUUCUGUGACUAACCAACAGAAACAGAGUCAGUAAGAUGAACUCCACAGCAGCAGCUGCAGCAGCUGGAGGCACCAAGCCGACUCCACCAGAGCUGGAGCAGAAGGAGAGCCGGCAGUUCAAGAGCAAAGCUCCCAAACGAGGACAGAAAGGAGUCAACAGCCACGACCCGGCCAUGGAAGGCCUGGAUGACGCUGCAGUGGUUUGUCCCUGGGAGGAAUACGGAGACGUGGAGCUGAGCGAACUGGCCCAGUUUGGAACCGUUUAGAGCCGAGGAAGACUUCCUGCUGUUCCCCUUCAUCCUGAGGAUGAGGAGCAGAAACACCACAGAUCUACAAGCAUAAUAAUAAAACAUGGAGUUACAAAUAAAACAUAAAAGUUUAUGAUCAUCAGAUUAUUAUAUAAUAACUCAUCAGAGCCUUACCAGUUCCUGAUAGUUGAUGCAGCUGCUUCCGAUAAAAAAUACAUAAUAUUAUAUAAUAAUCUGUCUGUCUGAAGAGAGGAUUAUUAAAAUCUGUUGAAUAUAUUAAUUAUAUUAUGUAAUAAAAUAGAGAAUUACCUCUACCUUCAAUCUUCUCAUUUAUUCUGCUGUAUUUCACACAAAAGCUCAAACAUUUGUCCAAGUUUACAAUUUUAAAUAAAAUAAUGUUAAUCAUUGA